CGGUGGUGGGUGGGCGCGGGUCCCGGGGAGGGUGCGGCACGUGCCUAUGGGGCCUGGGCACCGCCCCCUCCUCCCCUCUGCCCCAGCUCCUCCUCCAGCCAGCCUAGGGGCGCCUGGAGGCCCGGCGGGCCACCGCCUCCCUGACCGCCCCCUUUGUCUGGGAGGCCGCCAGGGUCUUCUGUCCCACUCGUAAUGCCCAAAUGCCCCGCCCGCUUCGGGAGUUCUCGCGCCCAAAACCCGCUGCCCAACUUCUGGGGAAGUUGUCCGCUCUGGUGGAUCUGCUCCCUGAUGUAGGAAAGAAGGAUGGCCAAGAAGGAAUUCUUGAGACAUCUUUGGUACAAAAGGUGGUUUUAUUAAAGCUUGGGACAGGACCCAUGGGCAGAAAGAGCUGCACUGGAGUCUUAAGAUUGCAAGUGGCCCAUUAUAUACUCUCAAGUUGGGAGGGGGUUAGGGAUAGCCUAAGUCUCUAAGGAAUUCUGGAAGCAAGGUUCCCAGGACCUUGAGAGGGCUAGCUCUUGUUGAGAAAAGGUCAUUUAUUACCAUCAGGUAAAACCUGAGUCAUGCGACCCUUCCGAUGUCUACUGGUGGGCCAUAUGCUUGGAAGAUGAUUGCCAAGCCACCAUGUAUCUUGGGGAGUUGAGAGAUAAAGGAAAUUUCCAAAGGAAUUUUUAUAUGUUAAAGUAGACUUACAGGAUGUUGGGGGGGGGGGGGUGAUUGGGCCAGGAUUGCCUUUUGCCCUUAGCAAAGUAUUAACAUCAAGGCCAUUGAGUCCCUAGAAGAAUGUCACUCUGCUUGUUUCAAAAACUUGUCAGUGGGCUAUUGAUAAGGAAAUUUAAUAAUUUUUCUUCUGCCUUUGUUUCCCACAUCAUUCACCAGCACCACUUUACUCUGAGGCAUCUGAGUUUGAGACCCUUGCCCUUCCUGUCCUGACCCUCCCCUCUGGCUGCUGCUCCUUCCUGUGCCCUUCCAACAAAUGCCACCUGCACUGACCUCUCCCUCUGUGCCCCCAGAUGGCCACCAUGGGCCGGUGCUACUACAAUGAGACCAUCGGCUUUUUCUACAACAACAGUGGCAAGGAGCUCAGCUCCCACUGGCGGCCCAAAGAUGUGGUUGUGGUGGCCCUGGGGCUGACCGUCAGCGUUCUGGUGCUCCUGACUAACUUGCUGGUGAUCGCAGCUAUCGCCUCCAACCGCCGCUUCCAUCAGCCCAUUUACUACCUGCUCGGCAACCUGGCCGCGGCCGACCUCUUUGCAGGCGUGGCUUACCUCUUCCUCAUGUUUCACACGGGCCCUCGUACCGCCAGACUCUCGCUGGAGGGCUGGUUCGUGCGGCAGGGCCUGCUGGACACAAGCCUGACCGCCUCGGUGGCCACACUGUUAGCCAUCGCCGUGGAGCGGCACCGCAGCGUGAUGGCCGUGCAGCUGCAUAGCCGCCUGCCCCGCGGCCGCGUUGUCCUGCUCAUCGUGGGGGUGUGGGUGGCCGCGCUGGGCCUGGGGCUGCUGCCCGCCCACUCAUGGCACUGCCUCUGCGCCCUGGACCGCUGCUCACGCAUGGCCCCUCUGCUCAGCCGCUCCUACCUGGCUGUCUGGGCUCUGUCCAGCCUGCUUGUCUUCCUGCUCAUGGUGGCUGUCUAUACCCGCAUUUUCUUCUACGUGAGGCGGAGGGUGCAGCGCAUGGCGGAGCACGUCAGCUGCCACCCCCGCUACCGAGAGACCACACUCAGCCUAGUCAAGACCGUUGUCAUUAUCCUGGGGAAGAGUUCCAGGCAGAGGGAACAGAAGGUCAGAGCCCUACAGGACCGGGCCAGUGCCUCCAAAGAGGAGAGGAGGCCCGUGUGGCUGGAGAGAAGCAGGAGAGAAGGAGCAUUCGUGGUCUGCUGGACACCAGGCCAGGUGGUGCUGCUCCUGGACGGUCUGGGCUGCAAGUCCUGCAACGUUCUGGCCGUGGAGAAGUAUUUCCUACUCUUGGCGGAGGCCAACUCACUGGUCAACGCUGUGGUGUACUCGUGCCGAGACGCUGAGAUGCGUCGCACCUUCCGCCGCCUCCUCUGCUGUCUGUGCCUUCGCCGGUCGCCCCACGAGUCUGCCCGCUAUGCUCCCUCCACCCGAACAGGGGCCAGCACACGCAUCAUGCUUCCAGAGAACGGCCACCCCCUGAUGGACUCCACCCUGUAGCCAGCCUGGGACUUCAGUGUGCUGAUGCAAAUGCCCUAUUAGAGCCCCCGUCUGCUUGUAAAUGCACCGGGCUCAACCUGAGCUGCAGGACAGACCCUCAGUCUGCAUGGCACAGCUCCCCUGCCAGCCUUCCCUGGGCUCAUGGCUCUGCCUGCUGUAGGGCCUCGGGGUCAUCUUGGAAUGCCCAGGAGAGAGUCAGAGGGGGUUCAGGAAUCUGCUCUUCAAUCAUCUCAGGCCGUGGGGUUUUUUAACUGACAUUUACUGGUUUUACUGCCCAUCCCUGGUAAACCCUGUGGACCACUUCCUUGUCCAUGGCGGUGUGGGUGUUAGACCGGGGAGAGGAGGGCUGUCUCAGGCCACUCUGCCCAGUGCGACAGGGUAAUAAGGCUGGCCCAGGGAUGCACCAUCUGCCAGAAGCGGAGUCUUUAGGGGCAUGGACUGAGGGGUGCUGAGCAUGAGCUAGGAAAAGGUUUGUGGCCUCUUGGAGCUUCUGGGGUCUAGCCUGUCCCGAUUAGAAUUGAGGGGGGGUCUGUGAGGAGAGCUUGAUACAAGGAGUAAACCUUUCUUU